UAGCUUUUCCCCAAGUUAAAAAAGAGACCAGGAAGAUUCUCGAGGUACUGAAGGACUGGCCUGAAAGGAAUAUUCAAGUUAUUGUUGUGACUGAUGGUGAGCGAAUUUUGGGACUUGGGGACCUUGGUUGCCAGGGGAUGGGGAUCCCUGUAGGGAAACUGGCUACUGGCCUUGGAGGAGUUAGACCUUCAGCGGGCUCAAACAAAUUAAGGAGGACAACUGGGAAGGAAUAUUAUGACUUCUUACAUGAAUUCAUGACUGCUGUUAAGCAAAAAUAUGGUGAAAAAAUUUUGGUACAGUUUGAAGAUUUUGCAAAUUACAAUGCGUUUGAGCUACUAGCGAAAUAUCGCACUACUCAUCUGGGUACAGCAGCUCUAGUUCUUGCAGGGCUUGUUGCAGCACUAAAGUUACUUGGUGGUACUUUGGCUGAUCACAUAUUCUUAUUCCUUGGUGUUGGGGAAGUGAGAUUCUACUCCUCCUAUUUCUGA